AUGCUUAGCAACGUGGAGAACUUCAACCACGCGUCCUUCUUCCCACCACAGCAGGGCGCCACCGAUGCCGUCGAUGUUGCACAUGAGGAAAACAUCAAAAACACCGACAAGAGUCCGAUAGGAUUGCCUACAAUGAUGGUGGAAAAGCACACAGAUUCCCAACUGGCAUUAGCGCUCGACUCCUGCAUGAGUCCAUUUUCACGGUCAGCCAGCAGCAACAUAAUAGAGCCACAGCUGCGUCAAAGUGGGAAAGAGGGCAGCUACGCCGACGAGAGCCUGUGGAUAGGUGAAGCUAAUUUGUCCAUGACCGCCAGUGGAACCUCUUGGUUGGUCACACCAGCUGACUCAUUGCUCUCAGGAGCAGCGAAAGGGAACAACCUUAACCAGGCGACACCGGGAAGCGACGCACCGCGCCUCUCAGCGCGAAACAACGUAUAUGUCAGCGAACUCCCAUUGCACUGGAACACGGACAAGCUGCGCAGCGUCUGUCUCGCCUUUGGCAACAUCGUGUCUGCCAAGGUUGUCCACGACAGCGCUACCAACCGGUCGCGUGAGUACGGCUUCGUGAUGUUUGAAUCCGAGGAGCAGGCAGCGCUAUGCGUGCGUUCACUAAACAAUUGCCUCAUGGACGGCAAGAUCCUUACGUGCCGCUUGGCCCAUGAGCGCGCCAUGCCGUCCUUCGCCAACACGGACCGUGUGGCGUGGAGCACGUCGCCUUCAACUCCAUCGCCUGCAAUUGGCUUCGCCACGCCGCAGCAGCAGGCGCUAGAGUCCAUGCCUCUUCUCAAAAUGCGAUCCACGGAGGAAUCGGCACCGCUUGUGUCACAGCCACUGAAGCCGGCCCUGUCCGUAUCCGUGAGCAAGCGCGGGUCGUCAAGUCUGCGACGGAGCCGUAACGUUUUCCUUCAGGGGUUGCCGCUGCACUGGAACACAGACAAACUGCGCAGCUUGUGCGGCACAUUUGGCAAAGUGGAGCUGGCUAAGGUGGUGCGUGACGCCACAACNACUGGAACACAGACAAACUGCGCAGCUUGUGCGGCACAUUUGGCAAAGUGGAGCUGGCUAAGGUGGUGCGUGACGCCACAACGAGCCUGUCAUGUGGCCACGGUUUUGUGUUGUUUGAGAACGAGCAGCAAGCGACGGCGUGUGUCGAUGCGUUAA